AUGUCCGGCGAUCUCCAGUGGCUCCUCCUCCGCAAGAACAACUCGUUCAUCGUCAAGGGCGGUCACGGCCCGGCGUUCUCGCGUGAGAAGGGAAACCUCCUCAACCGCCACUCGCACAAGUACUCUGGCCUCACCAACGCCCAGGGUAUCUCUAUGCACCCCACCAAGGAGGGUUCUAUCUUGAUCACCAAGAUCAAGAAGGAUGUUUCUCCCCACCAGGUCGCUUCCGCUCGUGUCCCCGUCACCCUCCGCCGUGGUACCACCGCUCGCCGAGCUGCCAAGAUCGCCGCUGCCGAGACCGCCGGUAAGGGCUACCGAUCCGACCUUCGUCAAGCCGCCGUCGCCCGCGCCUCCGCCCUCGUCCGUGCUCAGCGCCGAUCCGCCAACGUCCCCAAGACCCGCGCACCCAAGCUCCGUGGAAAGAAGGCCCGCAAGGCCGCGUUUGGCCAGAAGGUCGGGAGCGAGGAGGAGGACGUCAUUGAGCUUGAUUAA